ACAUAUAUACAUUUACUUUCUCAAACAAAUGAGUAAGUUUAUAGCAUAACAAAACAAUAUACUAUCAUGGGUACCCUUUACCAAGUUCCCCCACCUCUACUAAAAGACCUUAAGGUCACAAUUUUAGAUUCAAGUCUAAUUUACUCACCCCAAGAAAGUGAGGAAAAAUCCAUGUUUUUAUCAAACAUAGAUCAAGUCCUAAACUUUGAUGUCCAAACCCUACAUUUUUUCACUUCAAACCCUGAAUUUCCACCAAAAAUUGCGUUUGAAAAGCUUAAAAACGCGCUACAAAAGUUAUUAGUGCCUUAUUAUUUCUUAUCAGGGAGGGUUAAACUAAAUCAUAAAAAUGGUCGUAUCGAGAUUGAUUGCAAAAAUGGUGGGAUUGGGUUUGUUAUAGCUAGUAGUGAGUAUACAUUGGAUGAACUUGGAGAUUUGGUUUACCCUAAUCCAUCAUUUGAGCAACUUUUAACCAAAAAGAUGGAUGAUCUCUUGGAAGUUGAUGGUCACCCUCUUUGCAUUGUUCAGAUGACGGCGUUUAAAUGUGGUGGUUUUGUAAUGGGUCUCCAAACCAACCAUGCAACAUUUGAUGGAACAAGCAUCAAAUACUUGUUACAAAAUCUAGCAGCCUUAGCAGGAGACAAACCCUUAGCAGUAAUCCCAUGCAACAAUCGGGAGUUGCUCGCGGCUCGUUCACCACCACUAGUCACAUUCCCACACCCGGAAUUACUUAAACUCAAGAUCCCAAUAGGACAAGAUGGUGAAAGUGAGCAAAACUGUAACGUCUUUGAUACCACCUGUCAAGACUUAGACUUUAAAAUAUUCAACCUUUCAGGAGACGACAUUUCUAACCUUAAAGCCAAGGCAAAAAGUGGACCACCCAAUUGGAAGGGCAAAAUAACAGGAUUCAAUGUGGUUUCAGCUCUAGUUUGGCGAUGUAAGGCCUUAUCUAAUUCUGAGAAUGAAGAAAAAAGCUUAUCAACCAUGCUAUUUGCAGUUGAUAUUAGGCCAAAGUUAAAUCCACCAUUACCAACAUCAUUCGUUGGUAAUGCAGUAUUAACAGCAUAUGCAACAACUGAUUGUAAGACAUUAGAAGAAGCUUCAUUAUCAGAGUUAGUGCACUUGGUAAGCGAAGGAGGAGCUAGAAUGAACGACGAAUACGCGAAAUCAGCCAUUGAUUGGGGUGAAGUGUACAAAGGAUUUCCACAUGGGGAGUUCUUGAUGUCUUCAUGGUGGAGAUUAGGGUUUGAUCAAGCUGAGUACCCUUGGGGAAAACCAAAAUAUUGUUGCCCAUUGGUGUAUCAUAGGAAGGACAUCAUUUUGUUAUUUCCUGAUAUUGAUGAGUCUAACUCUGGGGUUAAUGUUUUGGUUACUCUUCCACAUAAGGAGAUGGCCAAAUUUCAAUCUCUUUUCCACAACUUCUUAUCUUCUUAAUUAGUUCCUUGUAGUUUUUAUUGGUAUGAACUAAUUAGUAUCUACUUGCAACUAUAUAUGUAUAUUAUUGCAAGGUUAUGUAUCAUGUAUUAUGAGAGCUUAUAUUCAUGUUUCUAAGGUUUCCAAGAGUGUUUUGGAUUUGCUAUAUACAUUUCUAAGUUGGACUUGCUUGUAUUUAUGUCCAUAUUAUGAAUUAAAUGUAUUUUAAACUUAUUCGCCGUAAUUUUAAUUACUAUGUGUUAAAUAAUAUUAGUAGUUAUUAA